AUAAACAGAGGUGGUCAUCUUCCCACUCCAUCAGUCCCUUUGAUUUUGAAGCCAAACGAAGAGCCCUAAAAUUUCGUGCUUUUUGUUUUUUUAAUCGCUGCCAUGGUCUCGCGCUUUCCGUCCUCCACUGCCACGGCCACCACCGCCUCCUCCUCCUUCUUCGCCUUCCUCUCCGAAGACGUCGUCCUUGACAUCCUCGCCAAACUCGAAUCCGAUCCACGCGACUGGGCCCGCCUCGCCUGUGUCUCCUCCCGCUUCUCCUCUCUCGUCCGCGCCGUCUGCUUCCGCUCCCACUGCUCCCGCUAUCUCCCUCCGGAUCUCCUACCUUCAACCGCCGCCGGCGCUGUCGCCUGGUCGUCCCUCCAUAAGCUCUCCGUCUGCUGCCCCGGCCUCCACCACGCCGGCGUCCUCCUCGAGCACUCCGAUUUCGGGCUCGAGCGCGACAUCGGCCCUCAUCUGGCUCCUCCCGGCCCCUCCUUUUCUUCGUCCUCCUGUUCGAGCGAUCCGCGAAAUCCCCCCUCACAGGCCCUCUCCGAUGUUUCUUGCUGGUCCCUCUUCGAUGACCUCUACUUCGACACCGUCUACGACAGCUCAGAAGCUCAAGAUGUCGCCUGUACGCCGAUCGAACCCUCCCCAGGCGAUAACCACCCCAUUACAGUCGGUUCGAUUGCCCCCAAUAGGAGGACGAAACCCUGGGUAGGGCCGACAAGCUCCCAUUUGGCUACCGGGCCUUGGACUCUGAGCCGUGUGCAGGGCAACAAGCUUCUCGCCAGCCGUUACAGGAAUGAUUGUCUUUAUAUAUGCGACUGGCCUGGAUGCACUCACGCAGAAGAGAAGCGGAAGUACAUGCUGUUUAGGGGGAUGUUCAAGAACUUCAAGCGAUCGAGGGUGUGGAAGACGAUAAAUGAUUUGAACAAAGGUAAGAUCCGGUUGGCUUGUGCUUUCUGUGCUUGCAGGGAGACGUGGGAUCUCCACUCUGCAUUUUGCUUGAGGAGGAUCUUUGGAUUUCAUGACGAUGGGGAGCCAGUUGUGAGGGCCUAUGUUUGCGAGAAUGGUCAUGUUUCUGGAGCAUGGACCGAGACACCAUUGUAUGAUUAAAGAUAGCGGACUACCAGUGCUUAUUGCUUGCUAUUAUGGUUAUGCAUUGUUAGUCUAGGACUUUUUGCCAAUCCUGAAGACUUUUGGCUUUGCAAUUGUUGUUUUCGACUUGGCCCAAAGUGGGCAUCUUUUGUCUCAGCAAUUAGCUUGUUGCUAUGAUCCAUGAAGGCCAUGGCUUAGACAUCUGCUGCUACAAUUUUCAUUUUUUUUUCCGGGCCUUUUUCUGAAUCUGUUUUAGUGAGGAAUAAUAUGGGGACAAUCCACUCUGCUGCAUCUUCUUCUGUGGGUUUGAUCAUGCUAUGACUUCAAGAAAAGAAGGUACUGAUUUACACAAUUAUCUGAUUGUUAAAUGUUAAGUGUGCUAGAUACAAUAUCUUUUAACUCGACUGAGAUACUGGUGAUCUGUUUGCCUUUAUUCAAAAUCUAAUACAGUGGGGAAGUAUAUUCUUGUAAAGCAAAGUUUAUUGGAGUGCUUGCUAAUCAUUUCAUUUGUGUUUAUAUAGUCGAGAAUGAAUUCUUAAAUUGCUAGUCUAUCUUUGAUUUAUGGUUGGCUUGCACUUUACAUGGUGGCACAAGAUGACUACGCUCGCCCUCAGUGCCCCGCCAACCCGUCCGAAGGUCAACAUUGAGGAGAUAAAUCACGGGUGGUGGCUACUAGUCUUUCGAAUAAUGACUGGCACAUGAGAGAGGCAUUGCUUGCGCUUUACACAAUAUAGUAGUAUGUGACUGAUGUUAUGGGACAAAAUUAAGGUGAAGACCCUCUUUGAUA